CGUCUCGGCUUGCACCAAGGCCAAUAAGGUACUUGUGACCCUCGCUUGCUGUGCUGACCAGCGCUGCGCCUCGCUGCGCCUGUGCUACGUACUGCUGCAUCGCUGAGCUGAGGUUACACAUACAACCUACGCCGCAGCCGCCCACGCUCCGACGACUGCCGGUCCGAUUCCAAGACAUCUACUUUAGCGCCGAACAUUCUGAGAAAGAAGAAAUAACAUGAGGCUCCUGCUCCUCGCCACGACAACCUACGCCGCCAAGCAAGCGACCCAGGCGCCGCGCGCGCCCGGCGCCCUCACGCCGGUCAUACCUUUGACUAACUUAACGCAAGCCCUGGGCGGCUACAGACCUAAACAAGACUACGCCGUCUUCUUCUACUCGCCCUACGGCGAGGCCGGCGCCUACUGCCAGCGCGUGCUGCCGCUGUGGGACGCCGUGUCGAAAUGGCACGCCACGAAGAAGACGAAACGAUUAUCCGUGGUCAAGUUUUCCUGCGAGAUGAGCACGGAGCAUCGACGGCUCUGCCAGGCGGCGGGCGUGCGCCAGUUCCCCACGAUAUCUUUUAUUGCCCAUGGGUCGCUGAAAUGGCGGCCGUUCGGCGGCAAGUUCUCGAAGGACAAGAGUCCGUCGCGCGUUGCGGUCUACAGAGGCAUCGCCCUGGCCGACGCCCUGCGCGACUGGACCGUGGCCCUGCACCGCGUCUCCGAGCUCCAGCGGCUCUGGUCCGGGUUCCGCCAGAUUUUAGGGAGGGAGCGGUCGCCCCAAAGUGUGGAGGUCGAGGCGCUGCGCGAGGAGUUGAGAAGGCGCGACGCCGAGGACCAGAACCGUCGGUUGGAGGCGUCCAUCCAGAAGAUGCGCGCGAAGUUGGCGGAUGCCGGCGCCGAGCGCAACGCCGAGGCGUCUCCCACGGCGGCGAAGGCCGCGGCGUAAACUUGAAACAUUACUAGG